AUGACGCUCCUCUCGCUCCAAGCGAAGCGGGAUGUUGCGUCUCUGAUCCGUGUCGUAUGUCUUUGUCUUAUUGCAGGUGCGGCGGUAUCGUCACGUCUAUUUGCUGUGGUACGCUACGAGUCGAUUAUCCAUGAGUUUGAUCCGUGGUUCAAUUUCCGGGCGACCAAGAUUCUCACGAAGGAUGGAUACUACCGUUUCUGGAAUUGGUUCGACCCUACAGCAUGGUACCCACUUGGCCGUGCUGCGGGCGGUACCGUGUUCCCUGGCCUCAUGGUCACGAGCGGUACCUUGUACAACAUUUUGCAUUUCUUCAACAUACCUGUGAACAUCCGUGACAUCUGUGUGAUGCUUGCACCCCUAUUCAGUAUAUUUACCGUGAUUGCGGCGUACCUAUUCACAUCGAUCAUGAAAGAUGAGGCAGCGGGCUUGCUAGGCGCCAUUUUUGUCGGUAUUGCGCCUGGCUACAUUUCGCGCUCCGUCGCUGGUUCGUACGACAACGAGUGCAUUGCGAUCUUUUUGCUGCUGUUCACGUUCUACCUUUGGGUGCGCGCUGUGCGUGACGGAUCGAUGCUAUUCGGCAUGCUCACUGCGCUGUUCUACUUUUACAUGGUGGCUGCCUGGGGUGGCUACGUGUUCAUUACGAAUAUGAUCCCUUUGCAUGCGUUUGUAUUGGUUUUGGUGGGCCGCUUCAGCGAGCGCUUGUACGUGGCCUAUUCGUCGUUUUACGCUAUUGGCACGCUCGCGAGUAUGCAGAUCCCGUUCGUGGGAUUCCAGCCUGUGCGAACAUCCGAGCAUAUGGCUGCGCUGGGUGUCUUUGGCCUUCUGCAAUUGAUUGCGCUCACAGAACUCACCCGCAAAUACGUUAGUUCAGCGCAGUUCAAGGUGCUUGUGCGCUCGUUUGUCGCGCUCGUGGCAGUGUUGGCCUUUGGCGCCUUGGUCCUUCUAACGUACGCCGGUUACAUUGCGCCGUGGACAGGUCGUUUCUAUUCGCUAUGGGACACAUCGUAUGCGAAGAAGCAUAUCCCGAUCAUUGCCUCUGUCUCCGAGCACCAGCCGCCUGCAUGGCCUGCGUAUUUCAUGGACUUGCACUGCCUACUCUUCUUGUUCCCUGCCGGUGUGUUCUUCCUAUUCCGUGAGCUGCGUGAUGAGCAGAUUUUCGUGAUUAUUUAUGCUGUCAUGGCCUCGUACUUCUCGGGUGUCAUGGUGCGUCUUAUGCUGACACUUACGCCCUGCGUAUGUGUAUGUGCGGCAGUAGCGCUCUCUCACUGGAUGGAUGUGUAUGCAGGCGCACCACUCGGUACGAUGCCAAGCCUCGGCAAGAAGCGCCUUACUCGUACGAUGCCAUGGGACAUGCGCUUCCUUGUGCUAGGCUCGCUGUUCAUUAUGCUGGAACUGUUUGUGUUCCACUGCACACACAUCACCUCGUCAGCCUACUCGUCGCCAUCGGUCGUGUUGGCAUCGCAGACACCUACCGGCCAAGUGCAAAUCAUCGACGAUUUCCGUGAGGCCUACUACUGGCUGCGUGAGAACACGCCCCAGGACGCCAAGGUCAUGAGUUGGUGGGACUAUGGCUACCAAAUUGCCGGUUUUGCUGACCGUACGACUCUCGUCGAUAAUAACACGUGGAACAAUACACAUAUCGCCACCGUUGGACGAGCCAUGGCGUCCUCCGAAGAGAAAGCGUACCCGAUCCUGCGCCAGCACGAUGUUGACUACGUGCUUAUCCUCUUUGGUGGCUUGAUUGGGUACAGCGGAGACGAUCUCAACAAGUUCUUGUGGAUGAUCCGUAUUGCUCAAGGCUUGUGGCCUGAAGAGGUCAGCGAGGCCAAGUUCUUCACGUCACGAGGUGAAUACCGUGUCGAUGACCAGGCGACACCGACAAUGCGUGAGAGCCUCAUGUACAAGAUGAGCUACUACCGCUUCAAUGAUCUACAUGCCCAUCAAGCUGGCAUGGACCGCGUACGUGGCAUGCUAGGCCCGUCACAAUCACCACGCCUUGAUACCCUCGAGGAAGUGUUCACUAGUGAAAACUGGCUUGUGCGUAUAUACCAAGUGAAGAAAGAAGAUGCGCUUGGCCGGCCAUUGCCGCAGGCGCAUGCCUUUGAGGAAGGCAAGCGCCUGAAGAAUGCGCCUUUCGCGAAGAACCAUGGCGCAGUUGUUCAUUCGUAG